UUAUCUCCGUGGGGUUCACGCAACGCCCUGUAUUUGUUUGUUCGCCAGUCGAGGCACAAUCCCUGUAACGCAAUCAAUGAGACAUACCAGUUGAUGCCUUCAAGAAUGGAUAAGAAUUUCCGGUAUUAUUUCCAGCAUCCAUGGUCCCGUGUGGUUAUUGCGUACUUGGUGAUCUUCUGUAAUUUCUUAAUAUUUGCUGAGGAUCCAGUGUCUCACAGCCAAACAGAAGCUAACAUGAUUGUUGUUGGAAACUGCUUUUCAUUUGUAACUAAUAAGUACCCUGGGGGAGCAUGGAAUGUACUGAAAGUUAUCCUUUGGUUGGCAGCCAUUGUCACUGGACUGUUUGCUGGAAAAUUUCUCUUUCAUCAGCGUUUAUUUGGUCAGUUACUCCGCUUGAAAAUGUUCAGAGAUGAUCAUGGCUCGUGGAUGACCAUGUUUUUCAGCACAAUUCUUUUCCUUUUUAUCUUUUCUCACAUCUACAAUCUCUGUCUUCUAAUUCGUGGGAACAUGAGCAAGUUCAUUAUAACCGAAUAUAUGGGAAUCAGAAAUGAAAGUUUCAUGAAAGUAGCUGCAGUAGGAACAUGGAUGGGAGACUUUGUAACAGCAUGGAUGGUCACAGACAUGAUGCUUCAGGACACAAAAUAUCCAGAAUGGGGCAAGUCUGCUAGAGCAUUUUGGAGGAAAGGAAACACUCGUAUUAUCUUAUUUUGGACUGUCUUGUUUACUCUGACCUCCGUGGUUGUUCUUGUCAUUACUACUGACUGGAUAAGCUGGGACAAGCUGAAUCGUGGAUUUUUGCCUAGUGAUGAGGUCUCAAGAGCAUUUUUGGCUUCCUUUAUCCUGGUUUUCGACCUUCUAAUUGUUAUGCAGGACUGGGAGUUUCCACACUUCAUGGGUGAUGUUGACAUGAAUCUUCCUGGUUUGCCCAGUGCUCAUAUGCAGUUCAGAUUACCACACUGCCAGAGGAUAUUUAAAGAAGAAUAUCACAUACAUAUAACAGGUAAAUGGUUUAACUAUGGAAUCAUCUUUCUGGUGCUAAUACUCGAUCUAAACAUGUGGAAGAAUCAGAUAUUUUACAAGCCAUCAGCAUAUGGCCAGUAUCUAGGCCCUGGCAAGAAAAUAUAUACUGUUGAAGAUGCUGAAAGCUUACAAAACCUUAAUCAGACAACAUUAUCAUGGGAAUGGAGAUCAAAUAACACAGACCCGCACACCAAUAGAAGCUAUGUAGAUGGAGAUAUGUUUUUACACAGCAGAUAUAUCGGAGCAAGUCUAGAUGUGAAAUGCUUGGCAUUUAUUCCAAGUCUUAUGGCCUUCGUAUUAUUUGGGUUCUUUAUCUCAUUCUUUGGUCGGUUUCAAAAAUGUGAACAGAGAAUGGAAAAUAAGGACAAAUCAUAUAAACGUAUCAACAGGAAAUCCCCCUCGGAACACAGCAAAGAAAUGGGAAUGACUAUAGAAAACCUACAGGCAGUUGUAGAAGAACCUUUAUGUCUGCAUGAUCCAACUCUGGUAUCAGUGAGGACACAGACUAAUGAAAUGUCUUCAUAUCCGUCUCCUGAAAAACUCAACUCACUCUCAGAAUUGGAGCCACCUGAGUGUAUUGUACAUACUGAGGAUGCUACUAGCUAACCACAAACCUAAAAUAGCAAUAAUGUAGAUUUUUUUUAGUAUUGUCGUUUGAAGUGUCUAUAAUAUUUACAGAGGUAAUCAAUCAAACACAACUUUAACGGUGCUCAGUUAUAUAAAUGCACAACCCGCACAUUUUCUUAUACUGUACUAUAUGUGCCUCUCGUUAAACCUUUGACUUGACCUCAAACGGUGAGCAUUCCAUGGAAAGUAGGUACUUGAGUGAAUAUUGCACCCGCUUCUCUUUCAUUGCCUCACCUUUGACACAUAAAUAUAAUCUGCUCAUAUCUUUUACUAGAUUUG